AUGAAGGUAAGUGGAAAGGGAGUUUCUCCUCUCCACAUUCUGUAUAUUUCAUUGGGUUCUGUUAUGAGGUAAUAAUAACAGCAAACACCUUGAUAGCUAGCUUCCCCCUUUCUCUCUCUCCCUCUCGCUCUCUCCCUCUCUCUUUCAAUCUCUCUCGGAGUCUGACAUUUAAGCUCUAACAGUGAUUUAUGAGUUGUCCCCAACUGUUUCUGAUAUUUGGUAUUUAAAACUUGAAAUCCUAUAAAUGACAUACUUAGCAUUCUCUGAGAGCGUUAUCUGAAAUUAGGCUGGUAAGAGGAGCCUGAAUCAUAAUCUCCUACGAGUGUCACCAGCGCCCAUAGACAUCUCACCAUAUGUCACUCCAAGAUAAAUCACAGUUUCAAUUCUGAGCUUCUAUCAAACGACAGUAGCCUAUAUUUCAUUUAUCCUCCUAAGAACGUUGAGAGGGGGCUAUUUCUGUGCACUCAGAAUGAGGAAGUUGGAAUGCGGUUAGAUAGUCCUGUGUAGCUCAGUUGGUAGAGCAUGGCGCUUGCAACGCCAGGGUUGUGGGUUUGAUUCCCAUGGGUGACCAGUAUGAAAAAAUGUAUGCACUCACUAACUGUAAGUCGCUCUGGAUAAGAGCGUCUGCUAAAUGACUAAAAUGUAAAAUGUAAAUAUCUUGUCAAAUCCCUAAUUUCUCCCAAUAAUAUUUAAAUCAGUUAAUCUCCUGGGCUGGUUACUGUGAAAUAUUGUUCCAUUGUCUGCUGGCCUAGACUGUUUGAGAAGCAUCUGCCAAAUAUGGCAGUUACUUGUGAAUUCUUGUUUUAAAGAUUUUCAAAACUGAUAUUUUCACCACUACUGUCUGUUGAAGGUUUGUAGAUGCUGUGCUGCUGUCUGUGCUUACUGCAAUUUGAAAAAAGUAAUCCAAAACGACGAGAUUAUUUUGCACUAAUCUACCAAUACAAGACCUCCCAGAUUUACUGCUGAAAGACAAGGCAGAUACUGUCCUCUAGUGGUGUGAUGGCUAUACAGCCUACUUCUCUCAAGUGAGGCGUGAACCAGCUUUUUAUUAUAAGGCCAGAGACACCUGCAUGGCUGCAUUUACCACUAAUGUUUAAAUUGGUUGGAUGUGUUUAUCAAAAGCACCAACUACUCUCAAAAUGUCCAUGUUUAUGUUUGUUUGUCCUUUUCGCCACAACUUACAUAGGCCUUAUACCAGUAGAGUGCCUAGCAGUAUGUUACUUUGACUUACCCAUAGAAAUGUAAUCAAUUUCUAUGGGGUUACCAUAAGGUCAUGUAGGUAUCUGUACAGCAUUUUUAGCUCUCUUUUUUUGUUUCCCUGGAAAGAUACCACUGAAUUAACAGUGGUAAGUACAGUUUAAUUGUCUGUUCUACUUUGUACAAGAUAAUUACCCUGGUUAUUCACUUAUAGUUAUCCUUUGAAUAACAGUGUUUUGUAUUUUGCCUGUGUGGGAAUUGUCCACCUGCGAUUUCCCCAUGGGGACACUGUGAUAUGAAGUACACAUUCAGAGUCAGAGCAAGAGCCAGAGCCAGAGUAGCAGCUUCCUAUUUCUCACAGACAUGCACACCUGAACUCAACUGGCCUUUUCUAGUAACAUUAUCAUGAUCAAAUGUCUUCAGUUUUACCCUUGAGAGAAAAAAAUACAAUAAAUGUUUAACUAGAGCAUGCCUAUAAGAGGGUGAAAGGUAUUACCAGCCACUCAAAGCUAAUCACUCUGAAGUAGAGCUCAAGAUGAGGGCUGUUGUAGUGUGGCGAGGUGUUGGUGAUUUCUCUAUUCGGAGCACAGGGACAGAUAAAGGUCAAUGGAGAUGAGACGAAAAUAAAUGAAGCUGGUGCCACUGCUGAGAAACAGACAACUAGCCAAGCUGACAUAUGGACUGAGCUGAGAGAGCUGAAAGCUGUAGUGAAGAAACUAGGGGCUGUGGCAGUGGAGCACAACAUGGAGUUGACAGCCGCUAGGUCACAAGUGACAGCCCUGGAGGCUAGACUGAGAGCUAGUGAGAGUCAGGUGGAGAGUCAGGUGGAGAGUCAGAAGAGCAUGAUGGUAGAGCAGGCAGUGAGGCUGAGCGUCACCCACUCUGAGCUGAAGGCAAUGCAGGCCAAGUUGGAGACAGGCGAGAGAGUGCUACAGGAGCACACCAACAGUAUGGUUAAGUUAGAAAUUAAACUGAGCGUUGCACAGAUGCAGCUGCAAGCUGGGAAGAAGUACAUUGAAUGACAACUCAGGUAUUAUUUAUAUUAUUAUCAAUGUUGCUGUUGUAAUUGUUGCUAUCAUCAUCAUUAUCCAUCAUCAUCAUCUAUUGUUUGCUUCUACCAUGUUCAUGUCCAUUCUAUUUUAGAGCAACACCAUUCCAUUCGUAAAUUGACUGAAUUGUAUCAUUUAGUUCAGGGUACCAAAACGUUUUUUUAAAGAUAUAUUUUUAAGUGUAAUUGUUUUGGCAUACAAUUUCAACCUUGGAAGAAAAGUUAACUGCCAAUGAGAGACAGGUGAAUGAAAUGAAGGUGACUGAAGGUAAUGUAAGAGAAUAGAGAAGAAUACACUGCAGCAAAGUACAAGGUUACCUCACAAACUGAAUCAGUAAUUAUAUUUUUUGCCAACUUGGCUGAACUGAGGCACUUGCAGGGCAGACUGAAGGCCAGUGAUACUGCUGUGGAGGAGGAGAAGAAAGAGAACAGAGAUAAUCAGCUAUGUUUAAAGAUCUGAACUGAUGGGAAGAUUAUAUUAUCUUUACCUGAAUAAAGAGCACAGAAUUUUUGACUGUGAUUUCAGCUCAAAACGUGGUACUGUAGACACUUUAUGCUAGGUCCAACAGCACUGAGACCCAGGUGGGAGAACAGGGGGUGGAUUUGACCAAGCUGAAAGCUGAGGUGGAGGAGCUGAAGAGAGACAGUGAAGGUAUGUUGUUCAUAAUAGCCAACAGUCAUUAAAUUGUACAUAGAGGUUGAUUAAAGGUUAGGAUGUUGUGAUCUGAAAAAAAGUAUUAUAUCAUGGGGCUACAUUUAUUAAACUGCCUCAAGGCCAUCUCAUUUCUGUUUCCACUCGCUGUGGCUGCUUUCUAAAGCUCAAUCAGACGAACUGGAGACCCUCACCUUGAGGUCAAAUUCCACCGAGACCCAACUGGAGGAACUGAAGAGAAAGGUGGUGAAGCUGACAAUUGAAGUACUCAAGCUGUGGGGGGAGGAUUAAGGUAGGAAAGCUAUAAUAGCUAUAAUAGCUAUUCAUCUGAUUUCAGGUCAAGCCCAGGAACUGGUCAUCCUUGAUGUCAGGCUGAACAGCACUGUGGCUGGGGUUGGGGAACAGAAGACGGAGCUGACACAUCAGAAAACUGAAGUAGUGCAACUGUGGAGGGAGCAUUUUGGUACGUACACACAAUAGGCUACAGACCCUCUUGUUUACAAGUCUAUAGUGUCCUCUGACAGUGAAAAUACAGUCUGUGUUACUGCUGAAGAGAGCAAAGUAAAUUAAUAUCCCCAAAACAACACCAUGUUAGUGGGAGUUAGUGUAUUGGGAUAUAUUUCGAUUAGUGUUUCUAUUAAAGUCAAAGAACACUGAGAUCCAGCUAGAAGAGCAGGGGACAGAAGUGGAGUAGCUAAGAGCUGGUGGAUAACCUGAAGAAAGUUGAAGUAGUAGCACUGUGCAGGAAGCACUAUGGUACAUUUAAGUCUAAAAAUGUCAUGCAAAAACAAAACAAGGUAUGGUACUGCUGAAUAGAACAAAACAUCAAGUAUGAAAGACCACCCUAAUGUCUCAAAAACAACACAUUGUUUUUUGGUAAUGUGUCAUGGGAGUUAGUGUGUUGUGAUAUAGUAUAUUUCUCUUAGGUCAAGUCUGAGAACUGGAUGCCCUUAAUGCCAGGUCAAACAGCACUGAGAUCCAGCUACAGGAGCAAGAGGUGGAGAAGCUGAGAGCAGAGGUGGACGAGCUGAAGAAACCCGGUUCAGGUACAGUGAAGAGUACAGACUACAGAGCUGUCAUUACAUAGUGCUUUGGCUUGUUGACUUAACAGUAGCCUAAUAAUCCAAGAAUCCAUGCAUCAAUAAUUAAUUUGCCACUGAAAGUUUUUACCUUGUGAUGACAUUGUGUUCACAGACACACCGAAGGUGACAUUCUCUGCAUCUUUAGGAAUCGAUGGCUACUUUGGAAACUUCAACGGUGACACCACCCUGGUCUACAGUAGAGUAAAUGUAAACAUCUGAGAUGCUUACAGUCAAUCCACUGGUACCCUACUGCAUUCAUAUUUAUAUUCCCAUUCCAUUGUUGACAGUAUUAUUGUACAGCAAAUAUAUUGCUGGCCCAUGUUGACUCCAAUGCUUCCCACAGUUGUGUCAAGUUGGCUGGAUGUCCUUUGGGUGGUGGACCAUUCGUGAUGCACACGGGAAACUGUUGAGUGUGAAAAAACCCAGCAGCGUUGCAGUUCUUGACACAAACCGAUGUGCCUUGGCUGGUACCUACUACCAUCCCCUGUUCAAAGGCACUUAAAUUAUUUGUCUUGCCCAUUCACCAUCUAAAUGGCAAACAUACAGUGGCUUGCGAAAGUAUUCACCCCCCUUGGCAUUUUUCCUAUUUUGUUGCCUUACAACCUGGAAUUAAAAUAGAUUUUUGGGGGGUUUGUAUCAUUUGAUUUACACAACAUGCCUACCACUUUGAAGAUGCAAAAUAUUUUUUAUUGUGAAACAAAUAAACAAAUAAAUAAGACAAAAAAACAGAAAUCUUGAGCAUGCAUAACUAUUCACCCCCCCCAAAGUCAAUACUUUGUAGAGCCACCUUUUGCAGCAAUUACAGCUGCAAGUCUCUUGGGGUAUGUCUCUAUAAGCUUGGCACAUCUAGCCACUGGGAUUUUUGCCCAUUAUUCAAGGCAGAACUGCUCCAGCUCCUUCAAGUUGGAUGGGUUCCGCUGGUGUACAGCAGUCUUUAAGUCAUACCACAAAUUCUCAAUUGGAUUGAGGUCUGGGCUUUGACUAGGCCAUUCUAAGACAUUUAAAUGUUUCCCCUUAAACCACUCGAGUGUUGCUUUAGCAGUAUGCUUAGGGUUAUUGUCCUGCUGGAAGGUGAACCUCCGUCCCAGUCUCAAAUCUGUGGAAGACUGAAAAAGGUUUCAGUCUUUGGCCCAGCGCACAAUUGGCCCAGCGUCGUCCAGGGUAGGGGAGGGAAUGGCCGGCAGGGAUGUAGCUCAGUUGGUAGAGCAUGGCAUUUGCAACGCCAGGGUUGUGGGUUUGAUUCCCAAGGGGGGCCAGUAUGAAAAAUAAACUAACUGUAAGUCGCUCUGGAUAAGAGCGUCUGCUAAAUGACUAAAAUGUAAAUGUAAAUGUAAAUUUAGCGCCAUCCAUCAUUCCUUCAAUUCGGACCAGUUUCCCAGUCCCUGCCGAUGAAAAACAUCCCCACAGCAUGAUGCUGCCACCACCAUGCUUCACUGUGGGGAUGGUGUUCUCGGGGUGAUGAGAGUUGUUGGGUUUGUGCUAGACAUAGCGUUUUCCUUGAUGGCCAAAAAGCUCAAUUUUAGUCUCAUCUGACCAGAGUACCUUCUUCCAUAUGUUUGGGGAGUCUCCCACAUGCCUUUUGGCAAACACCAAAUGUGUUUGCUUAUUCUUUUCUUUAAGCAAUGGCUUUUUUCUGGCCACUCUUCCGUAAAGCCCAGCUCUGUGGAGUGUACGGCUUAAAGUGGUCCUAUGGACAGAUACUCCAAUAUCCGCUGUGGAGAUUUGCAGCUCCUUCAGGGUUAUCUUUGAUUUCUUUGUUGCCUCUCUGAUUAAUGCCCUCCUUGCCUGGUCCGUGAGUUUUGGUGGGUGGCCCUCUCUUGGCAGGUUUGUUGUGGUGCCAUAUUCUUUCAAUUUUUUUAUAAUGGAUUUAAUGGUGCUCCAUGGGAUGUUCAAAAUGUCGGAUAUUUUUUUAUAACCCAACCCUUGCUUAGUGGUGUUGUUGUCACGCCCUGACUCUAGGGACUUGUAUUUGUUGAGUCAGGGUGUGUAUUUUCUGUGUUUGUCUAUGUUAGUUUCUAGAUCGUUUAGGCCAGGGUGGUUCCCAAUCAGAGGCAGCUGUAGCUCGUUGUCUCUGAUUGGGGACCAUACUUAGGUAGCCGGUUGGCACUAGUGGGGGGUGGGAUCUUGUUCCGUGUAAGGUAUGUUGUUUGUAUGCUACUUUGGACUUCACGUUUCGUUUGUUGUUUUGUCGUGGUGUUUAUUCGUUAAAUAAACAUGUAUGCUUAUCACGCUGCGCCUUGGUCCUUCUCGUUCGUGAACGAUCGUGACAGAAGAUCCCACCAAUCCUGGAUCAAGCAGUGUGACGAGGAGAGAGGAUGGACUUGGGAGGAGAUGAGCGAGAGUCUGGCAAGAGGGAUGGAGGCCAUGAUCACAGGGGAGAGACAAGCCCCAAAAAAUGUUAGGGGGGGCUCACGCUGUGGACGACGAGGCAGCAGGAGGCCGCGAUAGAGCGGUUCAGCCGUUUAGCAGAGGAGGCCGCCAGAUUAAGAGGGUCAUUGGUUCAGAGGGAGCAGAAGGAAAGUGUAGAGGCACGGCGAGAGGAGCUGGUUAGGCAGCAGAAGGAGCGGGGGUUAAUGAAGGAACCCAGUCCCGCUCCUCGCACCAAUCGAGUGAUGCGUGUCGCCAGUCCGGUCCGGCCCGUUCCUGAUUCCCGCACUAAGCCAGUGGUGGGUGUUCCCAGUAUGGUUCGGCCCGUUGCUGCUCCUCGCAUCAAGCCAGUGGUGCGCAUCGCCAGCCCGGUCCGGCCUGCUCCUGUCCCUCGCACCAAGUCAGUGGUGCGCGUCGCCAGCCCGGCCCGGCCUAUUCCUGCCCUGUGCACCAAGCCAGUGGUGCGCGUCGCCAGCCCGGCCCGGCCUGUUGCUGCUCCCCGCACCAGGCCAGUGGUGCGCGUCGCCAGUCCGGUACGGCCCGUUCCUGCUCCCCGCACCAAGCCAGUGGUGCGCUUCGUCAGCCCAGUCCGGCCCGUUCCUGCUCCCCGCACCAGGCCAGUGGUGCGCGUCGCCAGUCCGGUACGGCCCGUUCCUGCUCCCCGCACCAAGCCAGUGGUGCGCGUCAUCAGCCCAGUCCGGCCCGUUCCUGCUCCCCGCACCAAGCCAGGUGUGCGCGUCGUCAGCCCAGUCCGGCCUGUUCCUGCUCCCCGCACCAAGCCAGUGGUGCGUGUGUCCAGUCCGACACGGCCCGUGCCUGUUCCACCGGUGCCUGGUCCGGCACCGGUCAGCUGCUCCACUCCGGAGCCAGAGCAAUCCGCUCCACCGGGGUCCAGUCCAGCUCCGGUCAGCGGCUCCACUCCGGAGCCAGAGCAGUCCGCUCCACCGGUGCCUGAUCCAGUUCCGGUCAGCGGCUCCACCCCGGAGCCAGAGCAGUUCGAUCCACCGUCGUCGGGUCCAGCUCCAGUCAGCGGUUCCAGUCCAGACCCAGACGUCAGCCCCUCUCCAGGUUCGGGGUCUCCCACACCAGGGUCCAGACAGGGCGUGGUACUUCGUAGGAGGAAGGAGAGAGGAAGCAGCGCGCCAAGGUCCAGUCCAGACCAGACCAGACCAGGGGCGCAACGGGGAGGUGGAGAGUAAGUGGUGGUCACACCCGGAGCCGGAUCCGCCUCUGAGGCGGAAUGCCCACCCGGCCCCUACCCUGUUAGGUUUAUGUGGCGCGUUCGGAGUCCGCACCUUUGGGGGGGGGGGUACUGUCACGCCCUGACUCAAGGGACUUGUAUUUGUUGAGUCAGGGUGUGUAUUUUCUGUGUUGGGUUUGUCUAUGUUAGAUUCUAGUAUGUCUAGAUCUAUGUUGGCCUGUGUGGUUCCCAAUCAGAGGCAGCUGUCGCUCGUUGUCUCUGAUUGGGGACCAUACUUAGGCAGCCUUUUGGCACGAGUUAGUUGUGGGAUCUUGUUCCGUGUAAGGUAUGUUGUUUGUAUGCUACCUUGGACUUCACGUUUCGUUUGUUGUUUGUUUUGUCGUGUGUUUAGUCGUUAAUAAAUAUGAAUGCAUAUCACGCUGCGCCUUGGUCCUUCUCGUUCAUGAACGAUCGUGACAGUUGUAGACUAUGGAGCCUUUCAGAACAGGUGUAUAUAUACUGAGAUCAUGUUGCAGAUCAUGUGACACUUAGAUUGCACACAGGUGGACUUUAUUUAACUAAUUAUGUGACUUCUGACGGAAAUUGGUUGCACCAGAUCUUAUUUAGGGGCUUCAUAGCAAAGGGGGUAAAUACAUAUGCACGCACCACUUUUCCGUUAUUUAUUUUUAAUACUUUUUUGAAAACAUUUAUUUUUAUUCAUUUCACUUCACCAAUUUGGACUAUUUUGUGUAUGUCCAUUACAUGAAAUCAAAAUCAAAAUCAAUUUAAAUUACAGGUUGUAAUGCAACAAAAUAGGGAAAAUGCCAAGGGGGCUGAAUACUUUUGCAAGGCACUGUACACAAUCCAUGUCUCAAUUGUCUCAAGGCUUAAAAAUCCUUCUUUAUCCUGUCUCCUCCCAUUCAUCUACACCUAUUGAAGUGGAUUUAACAAGUGACAUCAAUAUGGAAUCAUAGCUAUCACCUGGAUUCACCUGGUCAGUCUGUCAUUUUUGUAUACUCAGUGUAUAUGAAAUAAUUAAAUAAGAUGAUUCUAAAAGCUAAAUAAAUGUAUGGCAAAGCUGUAAAACAUUAUCCUAAAUAUAAACCAUCAACUUAGUGAAUACCAUUGGUGUUUAAUAUGAGGGUUUCAGCAUGAAAUAUAAUGUAUAUAUUUUUUACACACUUAUUUAUUUUACUAUGGCAAUAUUUCUUUGUUGUAAAUGUUUUGGCGUCAAACUGGUGGCAGUUGUGAAAAAAGUCAAUAGUUGGACGAGUUGCAGAAGUAAUAGAAAAUAAUGCCAUUGUUGAUUAGAUCCUUUUUUCAUUAACUAGGCUAUUUUCUCUUGAACCAUAUGGUAUAUCAACUAGAAACUGAAGGACAAUAUGAACACAGAUACAACAAAAAAAAGACUACUGGUGUAUGAUUCAUUUUUUUAAAGGUUAUUCAAGUAUAAAUUACCAAAUUUACGAUAGGAUUGCCAUAUAUUUUCUGUUAAUUACCAAAAUUACUGAAUAUUCCGGUAACUUUGGUAAAUUACCAGUAGCUUUGCAACCCUGAUCUUGACCCUCCACACAGAUCAGCUUCAGAAACACUGGACUUUCAGUUACAGCACAUUAACAUAUAGUACAGUAACCCACAUUGUUGGAUUAAGGAUGGUGGUUAGGUCUCCUCUGAUACAGGUCAAUUCACUGCACCAGUGAAAGGAGCCUACUACUUCAGAUUCACUGUUGUCGGGAAUUACAGUACAUAUGGCAGGGGAGCAGCCCUUUUUAUGAACAUAGAUCUGAUCAUGUAUGUUUUUGACCAAGAGAGGGCCACAGGCAAUGACCAUUUCUCCAGUGGGGUCACACUACAGCUGGAGAAAGGGGACACAGUCUACUUACGCAUGGUUAGCAACCAUCAAGUCUAUGAUGAUACUCAAAACCAUAACUCGUUCAGUGGCUUCCUGCUCUUUGCCAUGUGA